UAGAAUACGCAGAUGGGAAGCUGUUCACGACCCAGUGUGCUGCUGCGUCUUGUCCUUCAUUAAUCCCUCCUUUCGUCAAAUGUUAGUCAUACUGGAUCGAUAAUCCCGUCCGGGAACACCGUCGGUAGGAUCUGUCCGACACGUGUCGACGCUGAGCCGGAUAAAAGAACGGGCGAAGGGUUGGAGACGGGUGUCCGUCCUCUGCGCCCUGUGCGCACACGCCACGAAGAUCUUGUUUAACUGCGCACGAAGAAACGCAAGAUGCGCACCGGAGAUCGUUAUACUUCACCAGCCCCGGCAGACCCGAUCAUUAGGACAUCUGUCCGGUAGCCUAUCGCAGUUGGUGCUCAACCACGCGCGUGGAUAUAAACGCCAACCAGUGGAAUUGGUAAUUGUGCUCUUUCAACAGGACCCUGAUCUGGGCCGGCAUGUGGAUGUAAUUAGUUCUGAUUAAUGUGAGGGGAGACGCUCUGUUAAUGUCCCACUCAGCGACACAUGACACAAACCUACCGCUUCUUCACGGCGCGUGGUCGGCGGGGCUGGAGCGGAAAGAGCCGGGGACGCUGAGGAAUGCGCAGCCGGGAUUUUGUUUUUUUCAGCUCACCUGCUGAACUCUUCGCAGCGCAAACCAAAGAUACUGAUUCUUCUUGAUCGGUGCAUCAGAGGACACACACCCAGACUGAACAGACGCGGGGUCAGUAGCCUAUAACCUUCUCCGUAUCUUGUCAUCCUCCAGUCGACCGACGCAGCCGGUGAGCACGCGGGGCGCCAUGCUGAGGCAGAUCCUCCUCAACUCCACCGACACCCCAGACUUCGACCAGGUGCUCAUGGCCCAGUCCUCCACGCACGCCCACUCAUCCCUGAACGCCUCCCACGGUGGUUCGGUGAGCGUCGACGCUCUUCUGAGACCCACCACGGGGCGAGGGGGAGGAGGGCUCCGGGAUGGCGAGCUCCACAAACCGGACCUGAUCACCUACAUAGUCAUGUGCCUUCUGCUCUUCCUGUUGGUGCUGCUCAUUGUGUUCUUCAUCAACUGCCAGCUCCGGAACUCUUUCUUCGCCUCCAUGCCAUAUGAUAGGUCACUGAGAGAGGCCCGGACCUCCUACAAGUAAGACCCCCACCAGGACACAUCUCGGUGACUGCAUGGGGCUUUAGUGACACUCCUGUGGGGGUCGAAGGACUGACUGGUCACCCCUGAACUGUUGCUGCUGCACGUAUUGGACUCAUACAGUUGUUGCCUUUUAUAAUUUGUCUUGGAUACAUCGGAAGGCCUAAAUAAAACUUGAUUAGUCAGGGCCUCGUUAGAGCAAAUGUUGGCCACAUUUUCCACUUCAAGGCGCACAGCACUAUCCCAAAAGGAUAGCUCUUUGGACCAUGGGGUCAAUUUGAGGAGAUGCCGGUGGAAAAAUAACAGUAUAACUCCUGGUGAAAUUAGGGACUCAUAUAUUUUGUGAUGAUUAAUAAAUAAAAUGUGAAUCAAUCCAUCAUCCCCUUCAACCAACUUGUGGUCCCGUGUUGCACUUUGGAAAUACAUUAUGUACUCCUUUACAGUAUACUCCCAAGCUUGUGUUGAUUCAUCUGCUUACAAAUGUGUCAUAUAGCGCCUGCACUUGGGGUCCAAAUUCAUAAUAUUUCUCACUGGCCCAAACAAGAUUCAUCAUUUUUUUUCUGAUGGAAACGUGACAUACGGUAACAGAAAGAGGAUACAGUGGGUUGUAUAUACAAUAUUUUGUAUGACUGUAACUUAACUGUCUUGUCUCGUGAAAUGAAACAAGUCCACCCCUUUGUCUUUGUAAAAUGCUGAUUCAAUUAUAGACUGUUUCUAUAUCCUCACAUAAAGAUAUUCAAAUG